AUGAGUUUGCUCUUUUCUUCCUUGUUUAGAAAUGGGAAUCGCUUUCGUGCGGUAAAACCGCCCUUCCUUUUUCACAAAGCAGCGCACUCUUUGAUUGCACAUGACAUUGGCCAUAUCCCUCUAGAUAAAAGUGAAUGCCUCUUCUUCUUGGAUAAUUUAGUAAAUACACCCACGUUCCUCAAUGUUCAGCGAUAUACUGCGUUCUUCUUUCAAAAGAAUUUACGUAACCAGAUUCAGCGUGCUUUUCCGUCUUCUCCCUCUUUUCAUCUGGAAGAUAUUAUUUUUCGUUGGCAAGAUGGAGGUGCUUUUUUAAAGGUUCGACAUGCAGAGACUCUUGAGGAUACUGAACAGAUAUUUACCACCCUUCGUACAGCAUUUAAAGAACGCCCUAUCACAUCACUCCUACAUCCUUUCUCUACCCCUACUCCACAUAUUGUUCAUGGACGACCUUGGCUACAGGACCUGUACGCAUUUCCUGCUCGGACAAUCGUCCUAAACUUCGAAGGCCCCAAUUUAUCACAGGAAAAGCUUUACAGUAUUUUCCGAAACUAUGGAAAAUUGCGUUCUGUGGAGGUUGUAACUGAAGAGCGUGCUAUCCUAAAGUUUUCCUCGUUAAGGGCCGCUACUGCUGCUUUAAAUUGUAUGCAUGGAACCCGAAUGAAAGAUACAAAGUUUCAUAUGCGAUACCAACACACCAAUCGAUUUUUGUCUCUCAAAGACUGGUUGGUUUCUCACCCGCGCUUUGCAAUUCCAUUAAUUGCUGCCUUAAUAACAGUUGUUACAGCUUCUUUAUUCGAUCCAAUACGGAGGUUCUUUGUAGAGACAAAUAUUGUACAUGGACAAACACUUCGCAACAUAAGACUUUUCAGUUUGGUAAAAAAGACCCGUGACAUUGUUUUUAGUUCGUUCCAAGAUCACGAUUCAGUAGACAGAACCCCUAUAUGGACUACAAGAGAAAAGGACUGCGAGAAAUUACAAGAGUGGUUAGACGAAGCAUUGCAUUCGUUUAUCGUCGUCCAAGGUCCCCGAGGAAGUGGUAAGCGUGAUCUGGUAGAUCGAGCGGUUGGAGAUCGCAAACAUGUUUUAUUAUUCGAUUGCGAUAGAUUAUUUUCCGGUACCAGUCAGGAAAUGUUUGUGAGUUCCUUGGCAAGCCAAACGGGAUAUUUCCCGUUAUUUAGUUUCUUAAAUAGUCUAUCUUCUAUGAUCGAUAUGGCGGCCCAGGGUCUUAUCGGUCAGAAAACGGGAAUUGUUUCGUCCUCAGAAGGUCAGGUUCGACAAAUCCUUAGCACUACACAAGCCGUGCUUCGCAAGCUGGCUUUAGGGGAGCAAGAAAAUACCCAACAUAGUAAUGUUCUCGAUGAAUCAGAGUAUUUAGAAGUUCAUGCAGAUAGACUGCCGAUAGUUGUUCUUGAUAACUUCCAACUACGGAAGUUAAGCAACCCAAUGCAGCGCAUGAUCGCAGAAUGGGCUGGAAAUUUGGUCAAAGAGGGUAUUGUGCAUGUUUUAAUGUUAACGCCAGAUAUAGGAGGUACAAAAACUUUAGAGCAGUAUGUUGGCGGUUGGGAAAACCGUACUUUACUGUUAGGUGAUGCUGAUCCCUCACUUGCGCGACGUUAUGUUUUGGAUUCGAUACCAGAAGAAAUGCAAACAGAGAAGCUUGAGAAAGAAUUAAAGAAACAGCUACCUAAAAUAGGUGGUCGACUUCGAGACCUAGAUUAUGUUGCUAGACGCCUGAAAGUGAAUAAUUCAAGUGUAUCUGAUGCGAUUGGCGGUAUCAUUAGUCAAAACACUUCAGAUAUUCUUCAAAGUUUCUUAAGAUCAAAUUCAUUAUCUUUUGGUAACGAUAAGAAACCGAUAUACACUUCGGAACAAGCAUGGAUCCUGAUAAGUCUAUUAUCACAGCGUGAACAUGUCCCAUAUCACAAAUUAAUGCUUGAUCCUUUAUUUAAAGGCUGUGACGACGCGGUUCGUGCGUUGGAAGAAGACGAACUUAUUACGAUCACUACUGUGAAUGCAAGACCUGACAAGAUAUUUGCCGGUAAGCCUGUGUAUGUUACGGCUUUUCAACAGCUAAUAAAUGACUCUAUAUUGCGAGCAUCUAUGAGUCAGGCUAGAUGCAAUGCCAUUAUAGGCCUUUGUACCUCAGCUAUUCGAAAUGAUGAGGAAGAAUUACAGCUAUUAAAGGGCCUUGGGAACUUAGAAUCUGGCAUGAAAGAAAGAGCUCGUUACCUUUUAGCUCGAAUUAAAAAAAACCAGAGUGUGAUCGAGGAGAAUGAAAGACUCGGCGAAAGAUUUACGGCCGAGCUCAGUUCGAAUGAAUAG